AUGCAUAAUCACUCAAUAUUAUCAAAUAACAUAAUAUUAAACAAAAAAGAUAGAGGAACAGAGAAAAAGUUACGAAGAUCCUCUACUAAGAAUAGGAUUCUAAUUCCACAAGACAUAGAUGAUGUCUUUAAUGCUACCACACAAAAUCUUGAUGAAAUUAUUCGUCAAGCUGCUCUAAUGCAAGAAAUUGGAGUAGACCAACUAAAUCAGAUAGAAGGAUUGCAGACACUACUUGGAGAAUCUUUAGAUCGUACAAAUACUCUUAAUCAAGACUUAAUAAGAGUAUGUGAUGAUUUUACAUAUGAGAGAAAUGCUUGUAGGCACUGGGAAACUAUUGCUCAACAGAAUCAAGCACGUGCAAGCACAGGUCCAGAAUAUUUUAAUUUUGCAACAACAAAUAUUGGCAUUACAAAACAAUCCCCAAACAUGGCUACAAUACAAGAUGUCAUGCAUACUAUAUCACCAGGUCUUGCACAGUUAUCAUUUUAUGAUGGACAAGAGCCACCAGACUCUUAUUACCAAAAGCUUAGAGCUGUUAAUGAGAUGGCUCAUCCACUAGCUUUUGCUGGUUUUAAUGCUGCUAUGAGGUGCAAUGUCAUGAAAAAUAAAAUGUCUGGUAGAUUUAUUCCUGUUCCUGUAAAUAAUCCAUAUAAUGGUAAUGCACCUAUCAAUACAGAACCAGAAUUUCUAAACUGGUUACAAGGAAAAUAUAGAGAUGUGAUGAUUGGUACAAAUUAA